AUGCCAUUCAAACCUACCUACGCCACCAUCCAGUCCGAAAACUGCUCCCUCCACUACUGGCACCAAGGCACCUCGUCCCAACCCCUCUUAAUCCUCAUCUCCGGCGGCAAUGGCGUGGGCAAGAAAUACAACGGCCUCUUCGAACACCUCUCCGACAAAUUCCACGUGUGUACCUACGAUCGCCGCCAGAACGGAGCGAGCCAGCUCGUCGAAGGGAAGAUGAAUUUCUUGAACGCGGCGCAGCAGGCGAGGGAUGUUGUGGCGAUUAUGCAGGAUUUGGGGUAUGGGGAGAUGUGUGUUUUUGGGAAUAGUGGUGGCGCUGUAAUCGGCUUCACUCUCGCGGUGAACUACCCGCAAUACCUGACGCACAUCAUCUGCCACGAGGCGCCCACGAUCGCCCUCUUACCCGACGCAGCAGAUGUCACCGACUGGUGCUCGAGUGCAUCGAAAGCGUACCGCGAGCAGGGUCCAGAGGCGGCAUGGAGCAUUUUCAAGGGCGUGAUGACGGGCUACGAAGGCUUGUCGGCGGAAGAUAAACCUUCGCUGGACGAUCUGAUCAAUUUCUGGGAGAAUGAGUUCAUCGUCUUCAGUACUUGGUGUCCCGACCUGACCCGCAUCAAAGCGAACAACACCUCAAUCGCAGUGGCGCUUGGAGAUGCCAGCAAAGACGCAUACUAUGCGCGAACCGUCCAGAGUCAAGGAGAGAUCCUGCAUUGUCCCCAGUAUGCACUGCCCGGACCGCAUACUGGCUUUGUACAUUUUCCUGAGGAGUUUGCGAGGGACUUGAAGAGAGCCUUUGGUGAAAUGGAGAGUAGGAAGGGCAGUGGCAAAAUCUGA